CAAAAAGGCCCGAGGGAGGGGCCAGGACGGCGGGGGUGCAGUGCCGAGCACCGCGAGCGGGGCCUCUCAGCCCGUCCCCGCUCCGUCCGGCCGCCGAGCUCAUCCCGGCGGCCCCAGGGGACCAUGAACGUGCUGGCCCCCGUCCGCAGGGACAGGGUCAUCGCCGACCUGCCGCAGUGUUUUCGGAAGGAGGCCGCCCUGCACGCCCGCCCCAGUUUCCACCCCAGCGUGGCCAGCGCCUGCCAGGAGCAGCGGACGGGCACCGUGGGCUUCUGCAAGGACACCUUCGACAAGAACUACAAGGCGACCAUCGGGGUGGAUUUCGAGAUGGAGCGCUUCGAGGUGCUGGGGGUGCCCUUCAGCCUGCAGCUCUGGGACACGGCCGGCCAGGAGCGCUUCAAGUGCAUCGCCUCCACCUACUACCGGGGGGCACAAGCCAUCGUCAUUGUCUUCGACGUUAACGACGUGGCGUCCCUGGAGCACACGCGGCAGUGGCUGGCUGACGCCCUGAAGGAGAACGACCCAUCCAACGUCAUCCUCUUCCUGGUGGGCUCCAAGAAGGACCUGAGCACGCCGGCGCCGUACAGCCCGAUGGAGAAGGACGCGCUCAAGGGGGCCCCGGAGAUGCCGGGGGGGUUGGGGGCCGGGUCCCCGCCCCCCGGGGGGAACGUGCGGGAUUUCUUCUUCCGCGUGGCGGCGCUGACCUUCGAGAGCAGCGUGCUGGCGGAGCUGGAGCGCGGCAGCGCCCGCAGGAUCGGCGACACCGUGCGCAUCAGCAGCAACGAGAGCGACCUGUACCAGUCGGCGCCCCGCAAGAAGCCCAAGUGCUGCCAGUGAGGGGGCAGCCCCACGGCCCCCCCGUAACGCCCACGUCUCCGUACCAAAGAGCAGCGGCCCCGGCCGCCCCGAGGAGCCGUCCCUGCGGCCGGGGCUGGGCAGGGGCACCCGCGGCCCCCUUAGCUAUGCAAACCCACUCAGGGGGAGAUGCCCCCAGCCUUCCGUUUGUUUUAAUAAAACGUUUUUUUUUUAUGCUUUUUAAAAAA